AAGGGAAAAUGAGAGAAUGCCGAUGAAAUUGCACAGCUAAUAAAGUUCUUUCCCCUCGUCGCCAUCAAUCAGUGCCUACAGUUCUUCCUUCCGGAGAAAUUUUGCCUUCGUAAAUGGAGAUAACACAUUGCACAUAAUUCCUUCGUUCUUCCUUUUACUUUUCUUUCUCUAUUUCUCAUCGCCCAUUCCGUUCCUUCCAGGGGGUUUUGCUUGGACGCGAAUUUUAUCUCGGAGAUCGGUUGAAAACCCUUGUUUCUAAGGGUUUUUCGUCCCAGAAAAAAGGGAGAUUGAGAACAUGGAACAUGACGAGGCAAGCUGUCAAGCUCCCCCUGAGGGUCCCUUUCUGUGCAUUAACAACUGUGGCUUUUUCGGAAGUGCUGCUACUAUGAAUAUGUGUUCCAAGUGCCACAAGGAUUUGAUGUUGAAACAAGAUCAUGCUCAAUUGAGUGCUUCAACUAUUGGAAGUAUCAUGAAUGGAUCGUCUACUUCUAACCAAAAUGAACCCUUUGUCACCGCCAGUGUCGAUGUGCAAGUUAGUUUGGCGGAACCUAAGAUCAUCUCAGUGCAGGCAUCUCCUAUGGUUUCUGAAGGGAGCAGUGAAGUGAAGCCUAAGGACAGACCUAGACGUUGCAACAGUUGCAACAAGCGAGUCGGAUUAAUGGGAUUCGACUGUCGUUGUGGUAAUAUCUUCUGUGCUAUUCAUCGUUACUCCGACAAACACAAUUGCCCCUUUGAUUAUCGCACCUCUGCACAGGAUGCAAUUGCUAAAGCCAACCCCAUUGUGAAGGCGGAGAAGCUCGAUAAGAUCUAGGGAAAACUGGGUCAGUGGUUGGCUGGAAACUUGUAUUGUGUUGUUGAUCAUUGUCAUGAUCACCCAGAUGAUUUCUGCUUUGCUGCAUGCAUAUCUUGUUAACCCGUUGUGUAUUGUUCUAUUUGGAGGAGGUAAUGGCAAUCGUUGCAUCUCUGCAGUCUGAAAAAAAUGUAGGAAGCAAUAUGUCGGUUUCAGUGUUUUUCUCGUUGUUCGUUGUUCUAAUGGUUUAACGUUGUCAUCAGAAGCGUGUUACACGACUGUAUUGUGUCAUAAGGCGUUCUGAGGAAUGCAUAUAUGAACGAAUGCUGCCUAUGUUUGAUUUGUUUGUAAGCAUCAGUUCUUGAAUUUA